GGCCAGUUACCUCCAUCCUGCUCUCCUCGAGGCGGAACUCUCGCGGCUUGGAGAUCCUAUACACGUCUUAGACAAACGUGCUCGGAUGUCAGAGCGUACAUGCUCGCUAAAAUCUCCAACCUAUCUGGCUCUUCACGACUUCUUCACACGAGCCGCACCAACCUGGUCCAGCAGCAGAAGCUUCUGCCUGCAUCUGUGUCGUCGAAGAGGACACCAACAGCGGCAAAGAAACAGGUGGAAGGACAGAUACAGUCGGAGCGUGUCGCGCAGUCGAGAAAAUCCGAGGAGUCCCGUCACGCUAAGCGGAACGAAGUGGGAGUACAGCUUCUGUCUAAGAGGCUUCAUCAGCAGAUCUUUCGCAAUGUCUCCUUCCCACCGCCUAACGAGGCAUUCGUUCGCAUUGCCCGUGAACAUCUCAAGAUGCACGGACUCGAUCCUAGCCAGGGGUCGGUUCUGCCGGAUAUUGGCUUUACGCUACCCACCCUACAAGGACGCACCUUGGACGAGCACUUCUAUCGUAUUGGUUCAGUCGCAGCGCAGCCGUGGCUCGCUCUCGCACAGGACCUCGCCUCGUUGCAGCUUCCACCAAAACCGGACGAAUGGCUUGUUGAGUCAGGGUGGACGAAAUACGUCCAUCGUUCCGACGGCUCCAGCUACCACGAACAUGUACCGUAUCCUGAACAUGAUAACGGAAAGCCUGAGCAGAUGCUCGUCUUUGAUGUUGAGACCAUGCCGGAGUAUAGCCCGUACGCCAUUAUGGCCUGCGCGGCGUCGAAGAAUGCAUGGUAUGCUUGGAUCUCGCCUUGGCUACUCGGCGAGACGUCAGAUCCAAAGCACUUGAUUCCUCUGGGCAGCCCAUCCCUUCCUCGAGUCGUAGUUGGUCACAACGUCUCCUAUGAUCGCGCUCGUAUCCUCGAGGAGUAUAGCACGGACGGUACACAGAAUCGCUUCUUGGACACCAUGGCUCUUCACGUCGCCGUUAAGGGCAUCUCCUCCCACCAACGUCCGGCUUGGAUGAAAUACCGUAAGAAUAAAGAGAAAGAGAUCGCCCAGAAAGAAGAAGCCGUUGAUGCUGUCCUAAAGCUGUUGGAGGAGACCGAGCAGCAACAGCGGGAGGAGCAAGACACAGCUAGGAAGGAGGAGCUCCGCCGUCUCAAACAAGAGAUGGAAGAGACUCUUCCGCAGCUCAUGACUAGCGAAGAAGGCGAAGCAGAGCUUUCAUCCAAGCGGUGGGAGGACAUCACCUCUGCGAACUCGUUAGCAGAUGUAGCUAAAUUGCACUGCAAUAUCGAAGUCGACAAGACGAUUCGAGACGACUUCGGCAGUCGAACCCGAGAGGACAUCCUUGACGGGAUCCAGGACUACCUCCACUACUGUUCAUCGGACGUCUUCGUCACUCAUGCCGUGUACUGCAAAGUCCUCCCCGCCUUUCUUACAUCUUGCCCGAGUCCUGUUUCCUUCGCAGGUAUCUUGACGAUGGGAUCAGCGCUCUUAACCGUCAAUCAGGAAUGGGAGCGUUACAUUGAGGAGGCUGAACGGACUUACAGAGAACUGGAGGAUAAGGUCAAGAGUCGACUCGUCGAGCUGGCGUACCAGGCAAAGGAUCUGGUGGAUAGUGAGAAGUGGAAGGAAGAUGUCUGGCUCAACCAGCUGGACUGGACACCGAAGAUAGCUGGCAAGUCUAGAGGGAUCGGCGUGCCAACGGGGCAGGACUCGUCAUCACAAGAGCCUAAGCAGCAAUCUUCGAAGAUCAGCUCGCGCGCAGUGCCCGCUUGGUAUGCGCAGCUCUUGUCUCUGGGGCCUCGCGAACCCUCCAUCGUAAAUCGUAUACUGCCAUGUCUCCUCAAGCUCUCUCUGGAUGGUCAUCCACUGGUUUAUGGCGUUAAGUACGGAUGGCACUGCUUGGUAAACGGUGAAGCCACUCGUCUACCCACCGCCAGGGCAAAGGUCGUCAGCGUCCUCGGUCCUACCCACGGGUUGCGUUUGCUGAAGGACAAGAGGCUGUCUUCGUGCAAUGACGACUUAGCCUUGGCACUAUGCUCCAGGAGUAAGGACGCUGCAGCUGUGGACCGCAUUGUUUCCCUUGCCGAGGCAACGUCAAAACUAGAUCCUGAAGUGGCGAAGAAGGACCUUUGGCUCAUGAACCUCGACUGGACUCCCUCAAAAGCUCCUGUCGCCACCGCUAACACCGCGCCUAUUAAAGCGCCGAAGAAGUCUCCGACGCCUAAAGCGCUUGCCGUGCAUUGGCCGAAGUGGUACUGGGAUCUAGCGAGACCCAAGAAGGACUGUUCUCCGGGUACACUCGAUGUCACUGUCCGCAACCGCAUCGCGCCUAUCCUCCUCCGUCUGUCUUGGCAGGGCUGGCCGCUCUUCCACUCUCGCGAGCAUGGAUGGACGUUCCGUGUUGAUCCUGGCGCAAGCUUCCAGACCCGCGCGGCCCCUCUUUCAUUCUACGAUGCUGCAGACGAUAUGCUUCAGGAGUCUGUCCUCCGCGACGGCUACACAUUUUACAAGUUACCGCACAAGGACGGAGAGAAGGCCAAUGUUGGCAGCCCGCUCAGCAAGACCUUCAUGAAGUACGCUCAAGACGGCAUCUUGACGAGUCCGGGGGACGAAGCGAAGGACGCGUUGGACUUGAAUGCACAGUGCAGCUAUUGGAUCAGUGCCAGGGACCGUGUACUGAAGCAAAUGGUCGUGUGGCAAGACGACGAGCAUAAGAUGGGCUUCACGCCCGGGCCAAACGAGAAGUGGGGCAUCAUCAUCCCGCAGGUCAUCACGAUGGGUACCGUCACUCGCCGGGCAAUCGAGAAGACGUGGCUUACAGCUAGUAACGCGAAAAAGAACCGUGUUGGCUCCGAGUUGAAGGCUAUGGUACGUGCUCCCGAGGGUUACGCCAUCGUAGGAGCGGACGUGGACUCCGAGGAGUUGUGGAUCUCCAGUGUCAUGGGAGAUGCCCAGUUCGGUUUGCAUGGUGCCACCGCCAUCGGAUGGAUGACACUCGAAGGCACGAAAGCAGCAGGGACGGAUCUUCACUCCAAGACGGCGAGCAUCCUAGGCAUUUCCCGCGACCAGGCCAAAGUCUUCAAUUACUCACGCAUCUACGGUGCGGGUAUGCGCCACGCGGUCCUCCUUCUCCUUCAAGCCAACCCCAGCAUGCUCCCUGAAGAGGCUCAGAAACUUGCAGAGAACCUGUACGCUUCGACGAAGGGUAAGAACACGCAUCGUGCGGAUAUAUUCGGUCGCAAGUUUUGGUUUGGGGGCACAGAGAGUUUCGUGUUCAACAAACUCGAAGAGAUUGCUCUUUCGGACAAGCCCCAAACCCCCGCUCUCGGCUGUGGCAUUACAUACGCCUUGUCCAAGGAGUACUUGCCCGCCGAGUUCGGCUCUGACUACAUGACCUCGCGAAUCAAUUGGGUCGUUCAGUCGUCUGGCGUCGACUAUCUGCAUCUUCUCAUCGUAUCGAUGGAGUACCUGAUGAAGAAGUAUGACAUCAAGGCCCGCUAUCUCAUCUCCGUCCACGACGAACUUCGGUACCUCGUCAAGGAGGAGGACAAGUAUCGCGCUGCUCUUGCGCUGCAGAUUGCCAACCUUUGGACCCGGUGUCUCUUCGCCUUGAGGCUGGGUCUGGAUGACCUUCCGCAGGGAGUCGGCUUCUUCUCCGCAGUAGACAUAGACAAAGUUCUGCGGAAAGAGGUCGACAUGCCCUGUGUUACACCGUCCCAUCCUGUGCCGAUUGCUCCUGGAGAAAGUCUGGACGUAGUUCAAGUCCUCGACAAGACCCACGGUGGUUCUUUGAACCCUGAUGGGUCUCCAAUGGUUGAGGAACCUUCUCCGUACGGCGUCCCGCAGGGAUACAAUAAGCCGAACUAUCUAGCGCAUCGGGCCAACAACGCUGCGUGGUUACGCGCUCAAACCACCUCCGAGUUCGCUGAGAUCAAGAUUCUCGCUCAUAAGGCCACUGGAAAGAAGUAUCAGGGCGGCGUCGGCGGAGGCUCGCGUCCCAGAGGGAAAGCAGACAAGAAGGUCGCCAGAAAACCGCUGGACCCCCAGCAGCUCUUGAAGAUGAAGCAGGGAAAGCUCGAUCUCGCUGAGGCUGCGGCAGCCGUGGCAGACUGGCACUCAUCCUAAUUUAUUUGCUACUUAUACAUUUGCUUAACUAGGGUACAAUCAUCUAAUUCGUUACUACGACUUCCUCUGUCUUCACAUUCACGACGGUCGUUUUUAGAUCAAGACGAGACGAUAUCUAUGACCACACCUUACGAAGAUGUCUAGUGAGCUAAUGCAGAUGGCAGAGUACAAAGAACUUACCGGCUGCAAUCGUCUCCCCACCACGCCGAAUCAAGACUCUACCCAUCUCCUUGUUGACCGAGAAUGGCUCCAAAGGUAUAGGUUGGACAACGGUGGCAGGCCCUGAGUAUGUAGGGCUGCGAAGCGUGAUCUGAACUUCUGCCGACGCGCUUUUCGUGAGGACCCUUGGGUUGGUCUUUAUUAUGGUGCCAGCGGCGCGGUCAAUAAUUGCUAUCAGCUUGUUGAUGCUUGCUGGAACAUCUCUUGAGUGGUGGAAAAGCUCAAUCUACGGAAUU